CUGGGUGGUGCUCUCAGUCCCGGUCUGAGUGAUACAUCUGGGAAGGGGGCACAGUUGUUUGAGCAGCAGAGGAGAAGGGCUGAGGAGCAUGCAAAGAAAAUGGAAGCUGCGCAAGAACAGUUACAAAGCCAAAUGCUGGGCAUUGCCCUGAAAGAGACACAAGCACGUCCUCGACUACAGACACCGCAACCACAACCAGACCCAUUGACGAAGCAUAAUGUCCAGCCACCACCAGUUGCUCCAAAAUCUGCCAGACCUUCAAAAACACUAUAUCAUGAGGUUCCACCAGCAGAGACACAAAACAUAACACAGAUGAGCACAUCUCAAGCCACUCCCACUAUCCCUGUCAUGGUUAAUGGAGAUACUUCAAACACAAUGGCACCAGUCCCCGCUGUGUUGUCCACAGAAACUGUGAUGCCUCCACAACCAGCUCCUCUAGCAGAACUUCCUACUAGCUCUGUGUUAAACAGAACUGCCCGACCUUUUGCCCCAGGCUGCGUUACCAGUCGGGCAGCCACUGCUCCUGUUGUGUUUCGCCCUACAGUUAGUAAGAAGACACCCAGACCUGUUUCAGUGGCUGUGAUUGCACCUCCAUUCUCUGCAGCAUCAGAAGAGCAUGCCAUGGGUGUCAACCCUGCCUCCUUCGUUAGCCAAUUCACAAUGAGUCAAAUGAGUGCCGAUGUCCCCAUUGAAAUGAUACCCACACAGGCCUUUAUGCCUGGAAAGUCUGUUCCUCCACCUGCUUCUGUAUCCGUGAAAUCAUAUUCUCAACCUGCUCUUUACUGCUCCUCAGUGGAAAACAUCCAGGUUGCAUCAGUGCCACCUCCCAUAGUUCAAACCCAAGAACAUAAAUUUCCUGUAGAGGCUGAAACAACUCUUCCUUCAGCAAUCUCUGUUGACAACACAGUGACCGUUGUGGCUCCUGUUAUGGCUCUUGUUAUUUCUCAGUCUAUAGCGAUACCAGCCCAACCCUCUUCUAUUUUGACCUCUGCAGCUUCUGACACCCCCUCAGCUGUAACUCCGCUGUCACCUGUAGUCUAUCGUGAAAAUCAUAGCCGGACUGGUAUUCUUCAAGAGGCCUGCUGCCCUAGGGCCCACAAGCCAAUGUUUAAGAUACCUGACAGCAAGAAAAACUCACCAAACCCUGAAUUAUUGUCUAUGGUGCAGAACCUAGACGAGAGACCCAGGCACGGAUAUUCUGAACCAGAAAAUAUUACUCACAACAUUGAUGACAACAGGACAAGAAUGCCACCGCCUGUGGCUCCUAAGCCAAGGGUCAUGCCAGAAAUGUCACAGAUCCCUGAGGCGGAGGGAAAAGGUGCAGAGUUGUUUGCUCGUAGACAGUCUCGCAUGGAUUUGUUUGUUGUAAACUCUCCACAUCUGCAGUCUGCACCUCUACAACCCCAACAAUCCCAAUCAGUCAUAGACUUGAUUGAAUCACAAAAAAACUUGUCAAACCCAUCCCAAUGGAAGUAUUCCCCGAAUGUUCGUGCUCCUCCACCGAUAGGUUACAACCCCUUGCUGUCUCCAUCCUGUCCUAUUGGGGUGCAGCGUGGGGGUGCCAAGGUGUCUGAGCGAAGUUCCACAGGCAGUAAGAGUAGUUAUGGUGUCCCAAAAGAAGGUAUCAAAGCCUUGGACUUUAUGAGAAGGCAGCCUUACCAACUGAACCCUGCAAUGUUCAGUUUUGGUGGUGGCACUAGCACACCGUCUUCAGUCUCCUCCUAUCAGAGGCAACAAAGGGAGGGCCACACUCUGACACCACCCAAGCAGGCCCCAGUAAAGGCGGCACGUGUGUAUGAAAUCAAACGAUUCUCCACUCCCACCCCGAUGUCAGCACCAACUCUCAACCCCACAGUGAUUGUACCACGCUCACGGACCACACUUGGUGAGCACAUCUCUCGUUCUGACAUGACGUCCCCUCUACCUGAACCUGUACCCAAAUCAACUCCGGCAGCUUCACGAGCCCCAGGCCUCCCAGAGCUCCCUAAAAUUUCAGCUGUGCCCAUCCCUCACCCCAUGCCGUAUUCACCCCCAGCUCCCAUGUCAAGUAUGUCAAACCUAAGCUUCUCUGGGCUUCAAGCUGCCAAACAGUUUAAGAGUGCCCCUGAGUUAAGUUCCCUAAAACCAGACCCCGUAAAGUCUCCUAUCCAAGUUCCAAAGCCUCGCUUUAUUGCAACACGUGUGGGUAUUCAGCCCCGCGUCUGGAGGCCUGGAACACUUCCUCACUGAUAAUGUUACUUUACAUGUGGGAGAAGCUGAAACAUCUGCUUCUGUUACAGUCUCAAAAUUCACACUUUUCAAAUAUGACUUAUUAUAACUUGAAGAUACAAAAAUAUUUUAUUCUCCAUUUUAGAUGAAAAUAUAAUGUGGAGUAUCCCUGAUAGCACAUGUACAUCAUGGAGAUGUCCAUUUGACAUCUGCAUUUAUAUCUGCAAGACUUAUUUUUUAGUGUUUGCUCAUCUG